AUGGUAUCAACACAAAGAAGCCAACCCCCUGAAGCUCAUAAAUCUGGAACACCAGCAGAAAAUCUACCUGAAGAACAAAUCCAAGUUCACAAGAAGAUGACAAAUCUUGAAAAGAAUGUCUUGCACACAAAGUCUACCAAUUCAGUUGGAAGUGCUUGCAGAGGUAUGAAAACUGAUGACUCAAGACUGCAAACAGAUAAGAGAAGUCAACUCCAGAGACCUGCUCAGAAGAUGGGAAAAGAUCUUAUCAAGAAUCAUGAAGCUUUGAGAAAAGAAGAGAAGUGCUUUGAGUGUGGCCAAAAGAAGCACCUCACAAAAGACUGUCUCAAGAAGAAGAGUAGCAAAUAA